UCAAACAGCUACUAAGUCUCGCUUGAUGCGAUGAAUUUUUCACCCUUCGGGACACACUUUCCCGGUACGAUACCGGGAAUCCAUCAGUUUGCCAGCUCGGGCCUGGUAACGAGCGUACCGACGACUUCGCACGACUCCACCAAUCGAUACCAUUCCAUCAAUUCGAACGUCAACAUGGCCCACUUCAACCAAAGCCAUGCCCCAAUUCUUGGCAAGUUCCAUCGGGAUAGCCAAGAGUCCGGUGGCAAUGCGGGUGGUGGAGCGGGCUCCAACAAGUACAACGGUCAUUCGGCAGGUUCGGCGAAUAGUGCCAUCCCAACGACCACGACCAGUGGUGGAGCGGGUGCGGGACAGUACUCAAACCCUUAUAGCCAACAUUCGCACGUGGCCGAACACAAACAGCGCAACAUGUACCAUCAGUCGUCCGUGGGCAACAGUACAACCGGCGGCAGUAACGGCCAAAGUGCACAAGAGCUUAGUCAAGACAUCAGUGCACUGUUGCAGCAAGCGGACAGUAAGCGUGUCCUGCAAAAUCCUAGCUGGCAAUCGUUAACACCGGGCGCAUCCGUUGCCGACUAUCUGUCCCAUCUACCGGGCAGUGCACUACCUCUUUCGCUGCACCACUUCCUGAAGUACUCGGCGGAAAACAUCAAGAAGGAAGCGCAGAAUCCACUCACCAGUCUCGAUAUGUCACAGGCACAAUCACAGGCACACAGUACCGGUGCUGGUGGCCAUGGAAGCAAUAAUGGGGCCGGGAUGGUUCUGCCCGCGUCUCAGACCAUUGCCAGCAUUCUUGGACAUCCGGGACAACAGUCUCAGCAGCAACAUGGACAACAGCAAACUGCGGGUCUUGGUGGACAUCAAGCGGGUGGAGGUGUGCAAGCUGCUGCUGCUACCUCUUCUACUGGAGGUGCCGCUAAUGCUGCUGCUGGAGCGGGAGCUGAUGCGACCACGGAUAAAAAGAAGCGAAAGAAAAAGAAGAAACCUCCGAAGGAACGUAAACCCCGUCCAAAGCCUGGCGAGAUUCAGGUACGGACGGCUCUGGAUGGCAGUCUUCUCUUCCUGUGCCCUGAGUGUCAGAUGGCGUACCCAGAGAGGGAACUGCUCGAGCAGCAUCUGAUUGGACACAAUCUGGAGCGUCGAUUCAUCUGCGACAUUUGUAACGCAGCACUGAAGCGUAAGGACCACCUGACGCGCCACAAGCAAAGUCACAACCCGGAACGUCCGUUCGCUUGUACGAUCUGUUUGAAGGCAUUCAAGCGCAAGGAACAGCUAACACUCCAUUUUGUCAUCCAUUCCGGGGAGAAGCGGCACGUGUGUCAGGAGUGUGGGAAAGGCUUCUACCGAAAAGAUCACCUCAGAAAGCAUACCCGCUCGCACAUCGCCCGACGGCUGAAGGCGGAACUUAGCCAACAGCAGGGUGGCAAUGGUGCGGAUGCGGGUGCCUCACCAAGUACCUCCCGAGCAGGACAAAACCAAGCACAAAUUAGUACUGCCACCCAACAGCAGCAACAAUCGGCACAACAGCAAUCCCCCAUGCAACAACCUCAGCAGCUGACCGGCUCGAACCAACAGCUGCCACCGCCGCAGUAUCACUCCCUCACGCAAGCACCCGGCCAGUCACAGAUGAUGUCGUAA